GCAUGUCAAAAUUAAAAAACGUUUCAAGAGGCAAGAAAAAAAUAAAAUCUGAGCUACAUCAAAGCAAAGCAAAUGUAUCAAAAUAAAUAAAAUUGAAAAUAAUGGACAAUAAUAUUGCUAGAACCCAUGAAGACAUUGAAGCACAAAUCCGUGAAAUACAGACAAAAAAGAAAGAAUAUGCAAAAACCAAUAAUGAAAAUGGAGUUGGCCUCUUAGAAAGUGGAAAUUUCUUUGAUAGUGAUUUAUAUGAAACAGCUAAUAUUAAAAGUCGAUAUGAUGGAUAUAACACUUCAAUUGCGGCUAAUGACGAUAUUGAGGACGAUGAGGAAGAUGAUGGUAUACCGGUACCAACUAAAAGAAUAUCAUAUACAGCACCAAAACAAGCACUGAAAGAUGUUACUCAGGGCAAGGAAGAUUUUGAUCCUUUAGCUGAUAGAAGGCGACCGACUAUUGCUGACCGAGAAGAUGAAUAUAGACAAAAACGUCGAAGAUUGGAAAUAUCCCCAGAAAGGGCAGAUCCUUUUGCUGAAGGUGGUAGAACCCCUGAUAUUGGUUCACGUACCUAUACGGAUAUUAUGCGAGAGCAGAGGCUUAAAGGAGAAGAGACAGAGCUACGACGAAAAAUUAUUGAAAAAUCUAAAGAUGGAACACUACAAAAAUCAUCCAAUGGAGAAGUAAUUAAACCCCCAGAACCUAGAAAGCGAGGACGUUGGGAUCAGACUGUAAAUGAUAGUUUUAUACCAGCAAAACAAAUUUCUUCAAAUUCAUCAAUGACGCCAUCUGGUGCUGCAACUCCAACUUGGGAAGAUAAAACUCCUGGGGAUCAUCGAUGGGAUGAAACUCCCGGUCAUAAAGGCAGUGAAACACCAGGAGCUACCCCAGGGUUGGGUACCAGAAUGUGGGAUGCAACUCCAGCUCAUGCUAUGACACCAGGUCAUGAAACACCUGCACAUGAAAAAUCUGUGCGUCGUAAUCGAUGGGAUGAAACUCCGAAAACUGAGCGAGAAACUCCAGGUCAUAGUGGAUGGGCAGAAACCCCAAAACCUGAUCGUGGAAUUUCGGAUAAUGUACCGGUUGAAGCUACUCCUGGAACUGCAAAACGACGUUCACGAUGGGAUGAAACCCCAUCAAAUGCAACGCCGUCUAUGACACCAUCAGCUAUGACUCCAAGUAUGACACCCAACAUGACUCCACAUGCAACACCAGGUCACGCAACUCCCCUUUUAACACCAGGCGGCACAACUCCAGUUGGUGCUAAAGCAAUGGCUAUGGCAACACCUACACCAGGGCAUUUAGCUGCGAUGACUCCAGAACAAUUACAAGCAUAUCGUUGGGAGAAAGAAAUUGAUGAAAGAAACAGACCAUUCACCGAUGAAGAAUUGGAUAGUAUGUUCCCACCUGGUUAUAAAAUAUUGCCACCGCCUGCCGGUUAUAUACCUUUGCGUACACCUGGUAGAAAACUAACAGCUACACCAACUCCAAUCGCUGGAACACCUGUUGGAUUUUUCAUGCAGGUUGAAGACAAAACAGCAAAAUUUAUGGAUAAUCAACCAAAAGGCGAAAAUUUACCUUUUAUGAAACCGGAAGAUGCGCAAUAUUUUGAUAAAUUAUUGGUUGAUGUUGAUGAGGAUACUUUAACUCCUGAAGAACACAAAGAAAGGAAAAUUAUGAAACUUUUAUUAAUUAUUAAAAACGGAACUCCACCAAUGAGAAAAUCUGCUUUAAGACAAAUUACGGAUAAAGCGCGUGAAUUUGGAGCUGGGCCUUUGUUUAAUCAGAUACUUCCGCUUUUAAUGAGUCCUACUUUGGAAGACCAAGAGCGUCAUUUAUUAGUCAAAGUUAUUGAUCGUAUUUUAUAUAAACUGGACGAUUUAGUAAGGCCGUAUGUGCACAAGAUUUUAGUCGUUAUUGAACCAUUACUUAUUGACGAAGAUUAUUAUGCCCGAGUGGAAGGACGAGAAAUAAUAUCAAAUUUAGCUAAGGCUGCUGGUUUAGCAACUAUGAUAUCCACUAUGCGCCCAGAUAUUGAUAACAUUGAUGAAUAUGUCCGUAAUACAACCGCAAGAGCUUUUGCAGUGGUCGCGUCAGCAUUAGGUAUUCCCUCUCUUUUGCCGUUUUUGAAAGCUGUAUGUAAAAGCAAAAAAUCAUGGCAAGCUAGACACACUGGUAUUAAAAUUGUACAACAAAUCGCAAUUUUAAUGGGAUGUGCUAUAUUACCCCAUUUAAAAGCUCUGGUUGAAAUCAUUGAACAUGGUCUUGUUGAUGAGCAACAAAAAGUUAGAACUAUAACUGCUUUAGCUUUAGCUGCUUUGGCGGAAGCUGCGACACCUUAUGGUAUCGAGUCGUUUGAUUCUGUUCUGAAACCUCUUUGGAAAGGUAUUCGCACUCACCGUGGUAAAGGCUUGGCUGCGUUUCUCAAAGCUAUUGGUUACUUGAUUCCAUUGAUGGACGCCGAAUAUGCAAAUUACUACACAAGGGAAGUAAUGUUAAUUUUGAUUCGUGAAUUUCAAUCUCCUGAUGAAGAAAUGAAAAAAAUUGUGUUGAAAGUAGUUAAACAAUGCUGUGCAACAGAUGGUGUUGAGGCUCAAUACAUUAAGGAAGAAAUUCUGCCACAUUUUUUCAAGUUCUUUUGGAAUCAUCGUAUGGCUUUAGACAGAAGAAAUUACAGGCAAUUAGUUGACACUACAGUUGAAAUCGCUAAUAAAGUUGGUUCAUCUGAAAUUAUUAAUCGUGUAGUUGAUGACUUAAAAGAUGAAAAUGAGCAAUAUCGUAAGAUGGUAAUGGAGACAAUUGAGAAAAUAAUGGGCAAUCUGGGGGCAGCAGAUAUUGAUUCCAGACUUGAGGAACAGUUGAUUGACGGCAUAUUGUACGCAUUUCAAGAACAAACCACCGAAGAUUUCGUUAUGUUGAAUGGGUUUGGAACAAUCGUUAACCAGUUAGGUAAAAGAGUAAAACCGUAUCUACCACAAAUUUGUGGCACAAUUUUAUGGCGUUUAAAUAACAAAUCAGCAAAGGUACGUCAACAAGCUGCUGAUUUAAUUUCACGAAUUGCUGUUGUCAUGAAAACAUGUCAGGAGGAAAAAUUAAUGGGUCAUUUGGGCGUAGUUUUAUAUGAAUACUUGGGUGAAGAAUACCCCGAAGUGCUAGGGUCAAUUUUAGGAGCACUAAAAGCUAUUGUUAAUGUUAUUGGUAUGACAAAAAUGACACCGCCCAUAAAGGAUUUAUUACCAAGAUUGACACCAAUCCUAAAAAAUCGUCAUGAAAAGGUUCAAGAGAAUUGUAUAGAUUUAGUUGGGAGAAUUGCAGAUCGUGGUCCAGAAUAUGUUUCAGCUAGAGAAUGGAUGCGAAUUUGCUUUGAGUUGUUAGAGUUAUUGAAAGCACACAAGAAAGCAAUAAGAAGAGCAACAGUAAACACAUUCGGUUAUAUCGCGAAGGCAAUAGGUCCGCAUGAUGUUUUAGCUACUCUUCUAAAUAAUUUAAAGGUACAAGAACGUCAAAAUAGAGUAUGCACUACAGUUGCCAUAGCUAUUGUUGCAGAAACAUGUCGACCUUUCACUGUGUUACCAGCCCUAAUGAAUGAAUAUCGUGUUCCUGAAUUGAAUGUUCAAAAUGGUAUCUUGAAAUCAUUAUCAUUUUUGUUUGAAUAUAUUGGGGAAAUGGGUAAGGAUUACAUUUAUGCAGUUUGUCCUUUGUUGGAAGAUGCUUUAAUGGAUCGAGAUUUGGUGCAUCGCCAAACAGCGUGUGCUGCCAUUAAGCAUAUGGCUUUAGGUGUCUAUGGUUUUGGAUGCGAAGAUGCACUCAUUCACUUGCUCAAUUAUGUUUGGCCAAAUAUUUUUGAAACUUCACCGCACUUAGUACAAGCUUUUGUCGACGCUGUGGAUGGUCUAAGGGUGUCUUUAGGACCCAUUAAAAUACUGCAAUAUACUUUACAAGGUCUGUUCCACCCAGCAAGAAAAGUUAGAGACGUUUAUUGGAAAAUUUAUAAUUCUUUAUAUAUUGGGGGUCAAGAUGCAUUAAUUGCUGGAUAUCCCCGAAUAUCAAAUGAUCCCAAAAAUACCUAUGAACGUUAUGAAUUGGAUUAUACAUUAUAAAUUUUUUUGUUAUAUUUGUAUUUUGAAGACAAGAAAUUCCCUCAAGAUAACGCUAAAAAUAAUGUGAAAAAAGAAUUAAAACUUCUAAUUAAUUAAGAACCUUUUAAAGUCACAUGAAUAAACACAUUAUGCAAUAAAUUAUUGUGUAAAUUUCGAAAUAAAAUAUUGUAAUGUAAAC